CGCCGGCAGAGGUUGAACAAACACUUUGGAGGAUUUUAUAAUAUUAGAAUUAUAAGUUGUAAAUUUGCAAAUAUAAGAACACAAUUUUUUUUGUAAAUGCAACAACGGAGGGAGAGGGGGAAUCAAACUCGAAAGUUGCACAAGUUUAAGAGAAAAAAUUGAGCUACAUGUGUGACAUAUUGGUUUGGUUUGUUUUUUAGGAGAGAAAAAUUAGAACUAAUCAGUUUGGUCGAGCUUUUACAAUUUUUCUCACAAAAUUGGAACUUAACCAUGAACACGUCGAUUUAGGUCGAAGUAGUUGGUUGACAUUUUUAAAAAUUAAUACUCUUAUUUAAAAAAACCGAAGAAAACUAAUAGUUUUCUUCAGAUAUGGUUGCUUGAUUUUAAAUAAUGUGAAACCAUAUCCAAAUCAACAGAGAUUGGGUUUAUUUGGUUUGGUUUAGUCUUGACUCGAAUACGGAAAAAAUAUUGAAUUGAUUUAGAAUAAAUUGUAGAGUGAUAGAAACCAGAAUUUACAGAAUGAAAAUGGAAUUCUAUUGAAUGAAAGUGAUGAUCAGCAGGCUCUACAAUGGUGAAAUCGGCAAGAAAAAGAAAACAACCAGAGUUCCAAGAACUCCUACCAGAGCAUGAUCUGCUCUUGAUCCAGAGAGAGACUCUCCUAACUGCCUAACAAUAUCUUUCUCAAUGAUUUUUUAACUACCUUUCCCUCUCUUUUAUAACAGAAAUCUGUAACAGAAUUCUAGAAAGUCAAUGAAUAUACUAACUAACUCUUAUUCUCUAAUCAACCUAUCUAUUGGGCCAAGGCCCAAUAUCUAGUGUCCUAUCAUAGAGUUUAUCGAAUCAUUGGUUUGAUUUUUAUAUGUCUAGAUGUAACUCAUAGUAUACACAUUUUUUUCUUAAAGAUUAUUUAAAAUAAAUUGUUGGGGAUUUUGGGGUGGCCAUAGCCACUUUGUGUCCCAAUAAAAGCUCCAACGCUGAUUCUAGCUACAAAGAUUGGGACAUUCCUCAUAUUAUUCAAUCAAUAAAAGUUUACAAUGAUGCCUUAUAUAGGUAAUGUGAUACUAACUAACUCUAACAAACUUGUUCACAACUUAGCUAACUAAUACUAACCAAAAAUGAAACAAAGUGAACUAACUCCUUCAUUCAAUGCUGAUUCAUCUGACUCUAAUGUCGACUGUUCAGUCGUGGGAAGAAACAGUCAGAAGUCUCAUCAAUCUAGCAUUAACUGUUUUGCUCACCAAAUGACAAUCACUGUCAAAGUGCGAAGUGUGCUCAUGAAAUACAGGAUUAGAGCCUAUGUGGAGAGCACUUUGGCCGUCACAAUAGAGCACAGGAACCCUAGAAGGAUGUUGCAACAAACCACACAAAAGGAAAGAAAUCCAUUGAAGUUCACUUGUGACAAAAUCUAAAGCACGAUACUCUGCUUCAGAAGAUGAACAUAAUACCGUUUGUUGCUUCUUAGAAUUCCAAGAGACAUGGGUAUAAAGUGGCAAGAAUCUACACAUCCUCCCCAAUCUGCAUCGUUAAAGCCCAAACUAUGAGGAUCUGAGGCACAUGAACAGAAGAUGCCACAGCUAGGAGAUCUCUUAAGAUACCUUAGUACCCUAAGUGCGGCCCUGCAAUGUGCCUUAGUAGGUGAGCACAUGAAUUGGCUCAACUAUUGAGUGACAAAGGAAAUGUCAAGACGUGUAGUAGUAAGGUACAACAACCUACCAAUGAGACGUCUAUAAGCUGCAACAUCGAGGAACAAAAUGCCUGAAUCUUGAUGAAGUUGACAGCCAGAUCAAGAGAAGUAGAAGCAGGCUUGCAACCUGUCAACCUUGAAUCAGACAACAACUCAAGGAAAUACUUCCUUUGACACAAGGAAAUUCCCUUCGAUGAGUGAGCCACCUCAAGACCAAGGAAGAAUUUUAGUUGUCCCAAGUCCUUGAUGCGAAAAGCCUCAUCAAGAGCAGUCUUCAAAGCAGUGAAUGCAUUAAGUGAGGUCCCAGCUAGGAUGAUAUCAUUCACAUAAAUGAGGAACACUGAAUGAAUACUGAGUAGACUUAAUGAAAAGUGUAUGAUCAGCUUGACCUUGAGUAAAGCCAUAAGCAAGUGAGUUUUUCAAACAAUUGUCAACUAGCUUGCGUAAGUCCAUAAAGGGACUUUAAUAACCUGCAGACUUGUCCUCAUCUAGGUGGUGUCAAACCCUGAGGUUCUUUCAUGUGACUUCAUGCAAAUCUCCAUAAAGAAAAACAUUAUUCACAUCCAAUUGAUGAAGGUGCCAACCAUAAAUGAAUGCCAAUGCAAGGAGAAUUCUAAUUGUGGACAUUUUGGCAAUUGGAGAGAAUGUCUCAAAGUAGUCAAGGCCGUCUAUCUGAUUGAAUCCUUAAGCAACUAACUGAGCCUUGAAUCUUUCCAAAGUUCCUCUAUAUUCCUCUUGAUUUUGUAGACCCACUUGCUCCCAACAGGAAAAGUUAUGAAUAUCAAUUCAUUGGGAGUAUCUUUAAGGAAGUCUCCCUCAAGAUUAAUCGUACAGUGUUAUAUGUUGCAGAUUACCCGGUUGGGUUGGAGUCUAGAGUGCUGCAAGUGAAUUCUCUUCUGAAGGAUCGGUCUGAUGAUGGUGUGGUCCACAUGGUAGGUAUUCAUGGCAUUGGUGGAAUUGGUAAAAGUACUGUUGCUCGAGCCGUAUAUAAUUCCAUUAGUGACCAAUUUGAAGGUUUCUGUUGUUUUCUUGAAAAUGUGAGAGAGAAUUCAUGUAAACACGGCUUAGUACAUCUCCAAGAGACAGUUCUUUCUGAGAUACUUGGAGACAAGGAGAUCAGGUUGGGAAAUGUGUGGAAUGGAAUGUCAAUUAUACAACAAAGGCUCUCCGGUAGAAAAGUUCUUUUGGUUCUUGAUGAUAUUGACAAAAUAGAGCAGUUGCAAGCUAUCGCUGGAGCACCUAAUUGGUUUGGUUUGGGUAGUAGAGUAAUCAUUACAACUCGAGACUAUGGCUUACUAAAACAACAUGACGUUAAAAGUACAUAUAAGGUGGAGGAGUUGAAUGACAAAGAAGCUCGUGAGUUGCUGUAUUGGAAUGCUUUCAAAACUGACAAAGUUGAUUCAAGGUACGCCACCAUUUUAAACCGUGCAGUGGGUUAUGCUUCUAGGCUUCCAUUGGCUCUGGAAGUAAUAGGUUCCAACUUGUUUGGAAAAGGGGAAGAAGAAUGCAAACGUACAUUAGAUCGGUAUGACCGAUUUCCAGAUAAAAAGAUCAAAGACAUACUUAAAGUCAGCUAUAAUUCAUUGGAGGAAGAUGAGGGGAAUGUUUUUCUUGACAUUGCUUGUUUCUUCAAUGGACAUAAGUUGGCAGAUGUCGAAGAUAUACUUUCGGCUCAUUACAGCGUAUCUGUGAAAUAUAGUAUUGAAGAAUUGAUUGAUAAAUCACUCAUAAAGAUUGAUGGUGGUCUUGUGACAUUACAUUACCUGAUACAAGACAUGGGCAGAGACAUUGUCCGAGAGGAAUCACCACAUGAGCCUGGCAAACGUAGUAGGUUAUGGUUUUGUGAAGACAUAGUCCAAGUUUUAAGCAAAAAUAAGGGAACUAGCGAAAUUCAUAUCUUAAUUCUGGAUUUUCCCAAAGAUGAAGCACACUUGAAAGGACCCAAAGGCGAAGAAAUAAAUUGGGAUGGAGAGGCCUUCAACAAGAUGAACAACCUCAGAACACUUAUUAUAAGAAAUGGUAGUUUCUCCAAAGGCCCCAUACAUCUUCCAAAUAGAUUAAGAGUUUUGAAAUGGCAAGGAUAUCCUUUACCAUCUUUACCAUGCUAUUUCCAUCCAAAGAAACUUUCCAUACUUGAGUUACUUGAUAGCUGCUUAAAGCCAUGUGAACCAAUGCAGGCAUUUUCACAUUUGAGAAUUUUGGAUUUUAGCAACAGUGAAUCUGUAACUGAGAUACCCGAUGUAUCUGGUGUCCAAAAUUUAGAAAAAUUGUCAUUUAGACAUUGUGAGAAUUUAACUAAAGUUCAUGACUCAGUUGGACGUCUUGGAAAUCUUGUGAUAUUGGAUGCUUCUGGUUGCAAGAAUCUGAAGACUUUUCCACCCAUCAUAUUGACCUCUCUUGAACAACUUAAUCUUUCACAUUGUUCAAUUCUUGAGAGUUUCCCAGAAAUAUUGGGGAAGAUGGAAAAAGUAACAGAACUUCUAAUAAGGGGGAGUCCUAUAAAAGAAUAUCCAUUUUCAAUUCUAAACCUUACUCAGCUUCGAAAAUUGGAACUGCAAUUGUGUGGAAUGGUUCAGUUACCUCGUAGCAUUUUCAUGUUACCUGAACUAAGUAUGAUGCAUGUUUCAAGCUGUGAAGGGUUGACCUUAUCUGAACAAGACAAAGGUAAAGUAGUGGUGCCAAAGUCUUCAAACGUGGAUCAUCUUGUUCUCUCAUACUGCAAUAUAUCCAAUGACUUUCUUCCAAUAGGUCUUAACUUUUUUUUCAAUGUGAAAGAUUUAAAUCUAUCGGGGAAUAAUUUCAUAACCCUUCAUGCAUGGAUCAAAGAAUGUCACCUUUUGAGGAAUCUCAAGAUGGACGAUUGCAGGCGUCUACAAGAAAUUAGAGGGAUUCCGAGGAAAUUAGAAAAAAUUUCUGUGAAAGGAUGCACAGCCUUGAGAUGCUUAGACCUCACAGUUCUUCCUGAAUGCACUGCAGAAUGUUGCUUUCUAAAGGAACUUAUUUUGGAUGACUGCGGGUGUCUUCGAGAAAUUAAAGGGCUUCCACCAAACUUGGAUAGUUUCUCUGCAAAAGGAUGCACAGCCUUGAGUUCCCAGAGUAUAAGCAUGCUAUUUAAACAGGAAUGGGUAGAAGCUGGAAACAAAAAGUGUUUCUUCCCAGGGAAGAAAAUUCCAGAGUGGUUCACGCAUCGUACAAGGGGAAUGUCAAUGUAUUUCUGGUUUCGUAACAAAUUUCCUCCUAUUUUUCUAUGUCUGGUUAUAGGACGUGGAGAUAAGAAAGAUAUCAAGGUCAAGUUUAGCCCCCGUGUAUCCGUCAAUGGCAAUAAAUGGUCGCUUGGCUGUCAUAAAGUUUAUGAGUUCAUGAUAGAAACUGAUCAUGUGCUUUUGCUAAAAUUUGAAGAUAAUGAGGACUUAGUGUUUUCAGAUAAGGAGUGGAAUCAGGUCGAGGUGUCGUAUGCGGAUCAUAUUACCAACAACGAGGACUCUAUCAGACAGGUUGCUAGCUAUUGUGGAAUCCAUGUAUUAUAUGAACAAACAUGUAGUCCUUGGGAUGUCCAAUUCCAUCCCCCACAAACAAUGAUAAAUGUGAAUCUUGAUUCAUAUUCAAUGGAGACGCCACAGCAAAGAGUAAAGAAUGAUCAGACUUUUGUGUUAUCUUCGCCGGUUCUCACGUUGACUCAACCUCCACCUACUGAUGCAGAAAAGGUCUUAGUCCCUCAAUCAAUACUUCCAAUUAAAAGGCCUUUGGAGGAUGUCAGAGGAGAUACAUCAAAAUGUUUUAGAGAGGAUGAAGAAGUUUAUGCUAUUACAAUUCAAAAUAACCCUCCUUUCAUUGAAAGAUUACAUGAGGCAUGUGAUGAUGAUGAUGAUGUUCAACUGGAAUCAGCAUCCUCUUGUGAACUUCAAUCUGCAGAUUCUUCUUUCAACACCAACGGUUUUGACUCGGAUGAUCCCUCCAACUGUGUUGGUAGAAAACUCUCCAUUAGUGGCGUGGAAGCCAUAUCUCAAGUGUCUUCUUCCAACACUGAAGUUUCACACUCAGAUUAUCCCAUUAACUUAGUUGAUAGAAAAAUCUCUGUUAAUGGCCAUGCAACCAUAAUUUCUGAGGCUGCAUCUCUUGGAUCAAUUAGAGAGGCUAUCAAUGCCUUAGAGCUUUUAAUGGUUAAGGACUUAUCUGAAUUCUCUUCUGAUCAUGCUACGCAGUCCGGACUUCAUCAGCUUUUGGAUGUGUUGAGUAGAAGGACAAUUGAGGUGCAAGAGGCUAUUGGGGAGUUCAAAAGAAAGGCAGUUGAAUCAUGCCGAGAAUUCCAAUCCACUGUUAAGUCUAUGAACAAACUGAAGAAUUAUGAGAUGCGUCUGAAUAGAAUCAAGCAGGAGACUGCCACAAGCAACGGUCGACAGAAUGAACUCAAAAACUCAAUAAAAAAUAUUUCUUUGGCCAUCAAGGAUGAAAGUAGGAGGAAGAAGGAGCUAGAGGAAGAAAUUGCUACAUUAAAGGAACAACUAGAUACAAAAGGAAGGGACCUUGACCAAAUUGUGUUGAAUCUUAAGAAUAAGGAAACGACACUCUCAACAUAUUCAACCAAUUGUGCUUCUCUCAAUGAGCAAGCUCAAAAGCUAUUAGAAGAAGCUGAAGGUCUACUUGGUGCAAGCAGUGAGAUAAAGGAUGAGGGUGAAGCUGCUGAAGUAAAGCAGAAUAGUCUCAAGUCAACUUGGUCUACUGACAUAACUAAACAGCUUAGUAAAAUCAAGCAUAACGUUUUGGGCUUGUAUGAAUGAAGUGUAUCUUGUAUCACAGUAAGAAAAUUGCAAGGGUGGAUUUGAAUCCAAAGUAAUUAGAGCUUCUUUUUAGAGAAAUAAUAGUAAGAGGAUCAAUAGUAAGAAAUAAUAGUAACUCGCAACAUACUUUAAUUAUAAAAAAAGGAUUCAGAAUUAUAUAAAAAAAUCAUGUCAAUGACAGAAACUAAUGUGUAGUUAAAUGGUUUUAAGAGGAUCAAUGUGUAAAUUAAGUUGUCUAUCUUCAAUGAUGUUUGUCCAUAUUUUUAUUGUCA